AGCGUUCGGCUUCUGUGUUUUAAUCGCGCUGGGAAACUACUGGAGGUUUUAAACGGGGGCUUGAUGUUUUCUCUUGAGGCACCUUGGCUAUUAACGGAGAGAGUCUGUUGGGACAAGAGACACGGCAGGGAGGACCGUCAGGAGGCCUGGGUGGUGGGUGAGGCCGGAGGGCUGGGCCUGGACCAGGCCUAGGCGUUUGGCACCGAGGAUGUUGCCAAGUGGUGGCACGUAGGACAUUUUUGGAACGUAAUGCCAUCCAGAGACCCGGGAAAGUCGGUGGUGUGGUUCAGUCCCAACCCACAGGCCUGAGAACCAGGGGCCUGCUGGUUUAAGGCCGGGAGGCCGAAGGCUGGAGAACCAGCGGUGCCGAUGUGCCAGGGCAGCAGAGGAUGGACGUCCCGCUCCAGAAGAAAAGAGUGAGGACUGGCCCUUGCUUCCGCUUUCCCGUUCCAGGCGGGCCCCCAAGAGACUGAUGGUGCCGCCCUCACGGGGCAUGUGGAGCUCUUGACUCGUCACUCAGGUUCAAACGCUGAUGGAGAAACAGCCUCACAGACGGGCCCAGAAAUACCAGCUAUUUGGGCAUCCCUCAGUCCAGUCAAGCUGGCACAUAAAGUUGAUCAUCCCAGGGGUUAACGGAAAGACUGGAUUAGAAAAAAGGGAAGUCGCAGGAGGAUGGAGUAAUUGAUAAGCUCCCCAGAAGAGACACAGAGGAGGAACACAUAAAUGAAGAAACUCUGAUGAAUUCCUGAACCUCUCUGAGCCUUUUCUGUAAAGCAGAGCAUUAUCCUUGGGAUUAAAUUGGCUCACACGUGCUAAGGGCCUGGCGUAAUGCCUGUCACCGUAGCAGGCUUUGCCAUUUCAGAGCAAGCUGGGUCUAUGACCUACUGCCAGCAUCUACGUCCCUCGGCUAAAGGAGCGUGCUCUGUGCCAGGGAAUUAACAUUCCCCUGGGAGCAGCCUUCAACCCAUGACUGAGGACGGCUGGGACACAGAUGCCUCAGUUCCCUAGCUCCUUGGGAAGGAUAAUUCUGUGGAAAGGAGAAAGCCCCAAGAAUACAGGGAUUUUUGUCUGUUUAGUUGGCUGCUGGAUGCCCAAGCCAAUACAGGGCCUGGCACGUGAGAAGGGAUUGUGGUAAACAUCAGCUGCCCAUGAGGAAUUCUGCUUCUCAAGAAGAUGGCCUGGCUUCGUCUGGGACCAUAUGGCUCAAUCUAUUCAUGUGAUUCCAAUGUAAGUAUUGAUAAAUCCCCUUUCAGAUUCAGGAAUAUCUUGGUUUGGAGAUAAAUUAUGUGGUCACACUAAUCAUCAUUAAAGAUGAUACAAAAUACAGUGAUUGCUGUUAACUAAAGUUGUGGGUAAGAUUGGUUACAUUUUCCAGUGACUCCAAUGACAGAUGUUAAGAUGCUCCCUUCUUGCUUCCAUAAAGAAAAGAUGGUGAACAAUUGACGUUAUUAAGUUUUAAAAGUCAUUUCUUUUCUGAAGGACAACUACGCCAUCUGGAAUUUUGUCAUUGCCUUUACCAAGUUUCCUGGUCAACCAGCAACUCUUGCUCAAAAAAUGACAACAAAAAAUUAUUGUAUUUGAUAACUGCAUGUCUUUGUGUUGUUGUGGCACCUCUGCUGUAGAUGAGUUGCAUGGAAGGUGAGUCCGAUGUUUCACUUUUUAAAGUAGGUUUCUUCUUCUUGGGUACUCCAGCUCACCACACUACGCAACAGACGCUUAGGCUUUCUGCUAGCCGUCCUUCCAACAUGUGCAUCCAAGUUGACCUGUAUAAAUAGUCCGUAUCAUACUAAUUCAACAGAUAUUUCAUGAAUGAAGUGGCUGGCACACAGGAGGCAUCCAGAUAUAUAUUCAGUGAAUGAAUAAAUACGAACCGCACCUUUGACUCCCUGCUAGGUGGUACCAGCUAGGUGGUAGGAAGAGGGAGAGGAGAAAAAGCUCUAUAUAAUAUCAGGUAAGUUCUGCCUCCCAGGGCUUAACAGUCUCCAAGGGGAAGAUGUAAAUAAAUAACGCAAUGGAAGGUAAGAAUCACUAAGUGCCAGAGCAUCUGUGAGUGGGAGGUGGAGCUCACUGGGGCUGGAGAGGAGGGGGUGAAGUGAGGCUUGAAGGAGGAGAGGUAAGUAUUCAAAUUUAGGAUUUUCCCCCAGUUCGGGGUUAACUCUGGCCCCCGACUGAGCCCCUGAAAGUAAAAGGGCCCUUCUGUCAGUCGCUGAAACUGCACACAGUAUCUUUUUUUUUUUUUGGAGCUGGCUAACAACUUUCCCUUCACGAUUGAUGACUAAUUCAAAUGAGCAUUAGCUCACUUUGCAAAUAUGAAUAUUACGGUAUGGCAAUAUAGAACGCUAAAAGCUACCAGUUUAGUAUGAUUCAUUUUAGUUGCAAAGUUGAAAUAUUGCAGUAGCAUUAAAAGAGAAGUGAGUUACAGACAUAGAGAACUGGUUGCCAAGGGGGAGGGGAGGUGGGAGAGGGAUGGAUUGGGAGUUUGGGAUUAGCAGAUGCAAACUGUUAUAUAGAGAAUGGAUAAACAAGGUCCUACUGUAUAGCACAGGGAAUUGUAUUCAGUGUCCUGUGAUAAACCGUAAUGGGAAAGGAUAUGAAAAGGAAUGUAUAUGUAUAUGUAUAACUGAAUCACUUUGCUGUAGAACAGAAGUUAACACAUGGUAAAUCAACUAUACUUCAAUAAAAUAAAUUUAAAAAGAAGUGAAUUAGAUUGUCACAAUGUCAUCCAAAAUAUAAAUAAAAUAAAAUAAUUUUCCCUUAAGAAAUGUAAAAGGAGGAGGGCUUAAUCGCAUAGCAGUAUUGACCCACAGCACUUAAAGCGAACAGAACGUGCAGGUCUCACUUUAGUUUUGAUUUUAUUAUUACUUUUUUUAGUGCACUGUUGCUCACAGCCAGACAGCCUGUACUGCUACCAAUAGGACCCAGGCCUCACCAAAGCCGACGGGCUCUGCAGGAUGCACGCGUAUCUACAACCCGCCCCCUGAGAAAGAAAGUCCGGCCCGGGCCACUCCGAGUGUGCGGAGACCCGCUGAGAGAGGGAAAGUAACCGGAGUCGGCUGGCCGGGCGGCCCCGCCCCCUCCCACGAGUUUCGCUGGGUGUCCGGCCCCGCCCCUUCUUUUAUUCCGAGCGCGCAGGCUGGAGCUGGACCUUUGUAACCCGAGCGCGCUCGCUUUUCGCUCCUCCCCGCCCCGCUGCAGCCAGCCAGGGAGGCGCAGGAGGUGGGACCUGCGGGCGGGAAGACUCCGGACGCCGGCGCGCGAGGAGCGGGGACCCGGGAGAGCUCGCAGCCCAGAGGAGGAGCUGGAGGGGGAGCGGAGCGCGCGGCCCGAGAACCCGAGGCAGCGGUCCCGGCCGGAGGCGCAGAGGGGCGGCGGGGAGCAGCAAGGCCGGGAGAGUCCCGCUCGGAGCCGAGGCCGGGGGAUCUGGGCUCACAGCCCCGAGUCUCAGCAGCUGCCGUCGCCCAGGAGCAGCAGCUGUGCCCGGGGUCCCGGCCGCGGCGGCCGCGGGAGGAGGAGGAGCUGCAGCUGGACGGUGGCAGCUGGAGGAGGAGCCGCGCCGCUGUCCCGUGCGCCGGGGAGAGGGCCGCGCCGCCCGGGCUGAGCCGCGCUGGGAUGUCCCGCUGACCGCGGCAGCCAUGCAGCCUUGACGGGGCGCUCGGGCGCGGGGACCAGCCGCGGGGCGCGCCCUCCCGGGAAGGGGCAACGGGCGCGGGCAGCAGGACUUCACCGCCGACUCCAGCCCCGCUGGGUGCCCAGCCAUCCACCAUGGAGCCCGUGACCAAGUGGAGCCCCAAACAAGUGGUGGACUGGACUAGAGGGUUAGAUGAUUGCCUGCAGCAGUAUGUCCACAAGUUUGAACGGGAGAAGAUAAAUGGAGAGCAGCUGCUGCAGAUUUCCCAUCAGGAUCUUGAGGAGCUGGGUGUCACACGAAUUGGACACCAGGAACUUGUGUUGGAGGCUGUCGACCUUCUCUGUGCACUGAAUUAUGGCCUUGAAACCGAUAAUAUGAAGAACUUGGUUCUGAAACUGCGAGCAUCUUCCCACAAUUUACAGAAUUACAUAAGCAGCCGGAGAAAAAGUCCAGCCUAUGAUGGGAACACCUCCCACAAGCCCCCCAAUGAGUUCCUGACUUCUGUGGUGGAGCUCAUAGGCGCUGCCAAGGCCUUGUUAGCUUGGCUGGACCGGGCUCCAUUUACAGGGAUCACUGAUUUCUCAGUAACAAAGAACAAAAUCAUUCAGCUUUGCUUGGAUCUGACCACUACAGUCCAGAAGGAUUGCCUUGUAGCAGAAAUGGAAGAUAAAGUUUUGGCUGUAGUCAAGGUUUUAAAUGGCAUCUGUGAUAAAACAAUCCGAUCUACCACGGAUCCUGUUAUGAGCCAGUGUGCAUGUCUGGAAGAAGUUCACUUACCAAACAUUAAACCUGGCGAAGGCUUGGGCAUGUACAUCAAAUCAACCUAUGAUGGAUUGCACGUGAUUACUGGAACCACAGAAAAUUCUCCUGCAGACAGAUCUCAGAAGAUUCAUGCCGGUGAUGAAGUCAUUCAGGUUAAUCAGCAAACUGUGGUGGGAUGGCAGCUGAAAAAUCUGGUGAGAAAGUUGAGAGAGAAUCCUACAGGAGUUGUGUUACUGCUUAAGAAGCGGCCCACGAGUUCCUUCAACUUCACUCCUGCCCCCCUGAAAAACCUACGAUGGAAGCCGCCUCUGGUCCAGACCUCGCCUCCGCCCACGACCACUCAGUCCCCGGACAGCACGAUGGACGCGUCACUGAAGAAGGAGAAGCCAGCCAUCAUGGAUCUUUAUAUUCCUCCUCCGCCGACCGUUCCCUACUCCCCCCGGGAAGAGAAUGGGAGUUCCGUUUACGGAUUCAGUAAAUGUAAACAGCCGCAGCCUGGUCCGAAGGGUUCUGAGUCCCCCAAUUCCUUCCUGGACCAGGAAAGCCGGAGACGGAGAUUUACCAUUGCUGAUUCUGAUCAGUUGCCUGGGUAUUCCGUGGAAACCAAUAUUCUGCCCACAAAAAUGAGAGAGAAAACACCAUCCUAUGGCAAGCCCCGGCCUUUGUCCAUGCCUGCGGACGCGAGCUGGAUGGGGAUUGUGGACCCUUUUGCUAGACCUCGAAGUCAUGGGAGGAAAAGUGAGGACGGCCUUUGCCGGUAUUUCAGUAAUGAGCGGAUCUCUCCGAUCAUCGAGGAAAGGUCAUCCCCCACAUACCGUUUCUCAAGGCCCACGACCGAGAGGCAGCUGGUCCGAGGUGCAGACUACAUCCGAGGCAGCAGGUGCUACAUCAGUUCAGAUCUCCACAGCAGCGCCACGAUUCCGUUCUCGGAGGAAGGGACCAAAAAGAAAGCCAGCUCCUCAGCAGCCAAGUCCUCUUCUCCAGAACCGUCCCUGCUGGUCAGCUGGUUUACUCGCCUGAAACUGUUGACUCACUGAGCCCUGCGUUCCCGGGACCCUCCCUGUCUCCUGCUACCAAGUGCCUUGCUUCCUCAGUCAGCAACUUGUUCUGAUUUUCAUCCACAGUGUUAUGCAGCAACCUUAAUGCGAUUUCGUGGGUUUUCUUUUUUCUUUUUUUGGAAAGUUGUAUACUGCACUUGGAAUUUUGAAGUCAUUGGAUGGGAACAAAUCCAGAGAAUCUUAGAUGCUGGCUUAUGGAGGCCAAAGGAGAGAAAUGGGGAGAGUCCGCUUUCUUUUUGCUUCCUUAAGAGUCAGGACACGGAGACACACUCUCUAAACCAGAGCCUUGGCCAGGAAUGUUAUGGUCGUUAUGAGGAACUGGGCCAUUGUUCUUUUUAGGGGGGUGGGACUACAGUUGGUGGCCACUGUCACACAGAUGUGUUGGGUUUUGGUCCAACUUCUUCACCUGAAAAAGCCAGUGGAGAAAACAGUUUUGUUUUGAUUUUUCAAGCUACAUACUAUACGUGUAAGUGUAGCAGCUUUGACUUUGAAAUAACACGUGGGAAGCAUCUGAUGCUCUUUCAGAGCAGAGGUUUGAGUGUAGGCCAGUUACACUUAGUUAAUGCCCUUUUCAUAACAGUCUCAGUGUAAGUCAAUUAAUACAGAAACACGUGAAAAUGUUUAGAUAGGGCUUACUACACACAAAGAAGUGUAUGGUUAUUUGUGAAGGGUGUUGUAUAUUGUUGUCUUUAAGGGAAAAGAAGCUAUAAGAUUUGCGGACAGCCAAAGUAUCAUUGAGAAAAAUGAAGCAACCAUACUUAGGUUUAUGAGAGAGACAUCAGUUUGCAUUUUGACCUGUUCAAUGACUAUCUUCUAGAAAAGAAUGGACAGUUUUUCAAAAUUGUACACAUUUUGCUAAUUAGAAAUCUCUUGGAAAAUCUCACGGUCACUCAUUUUCAACUAGCAUCAGGUAUUUUGGAAAAGUGUGUCUGGAUAUUAACUCUUGUUUAAACUGAAUGUAUGAUAUUUUGCUAGAAUGGAAAAGUACUAUCUUGUUAAUUUAAGUGUUUUAAAUAUAGUUGUAUAUUUUUCUUACUCUUAGUCACAUGUAAUUGAUAUAUUUCUGUUUUGUGUCCUACAUGAAGCUAACGAAAGAAGUGUUCAAGGUGUUUUCAGGUUUACCAGUGACCACCUUGGCUGUUGCCACUGUGGGCACUAUUGUUAAAAAAACAAAAUAAACCCUCCCAACCA